CUGCCGCCCGGACCCAUGGCCGCAGCCCUGGCGCUCGUGGCGGGGAUCCUGGCGGGGGCGGUGCUGCCCCCCUGGAGCGCGCUUCCGCAAUAUAAAAAGAAAAUCACCGACAGGUGCUUCCACCACUCUGAGUGCUACAGUGGCUGCUGCCUCAUGGACUUGGAAUCCGGUGGAGCCUUCUGUGCCCCCAGGGCCAGAAUAACCAUGAUCUGCUUGCCCCAGACCAAGGGAGCUACCAACAUCAUCUGCCCUUGCCGGGGGGGCUUGACAUGCAUAUCCAAGGACUUGAUGUGUGCCCGCCGGUGCCAUAUGAUUUAGAGGAAGAUGCAGACUGAUUAUUGCUCCCUUGGGGCCAGAGGCCCUGGGUGCCACCAACUUGCACCAAAUCCAGCUCCUGAGACAUUAAAGUCACUUCCUG